UUGUAGAGGCAAUUGAUCACGUUACGUUGUGUUGAAAAUAAACAAUUAGAGCCUAGGACACUAUAAUAUCCGAUGGCAUAUUUAAGUUUAUUAAACAUUUGUGUAUUUUUAAUCUAAAAGUGGAUGUUGCUUUCAUUUGUGCAUACAAGAUAUUUACAGGUACAAGUUACUUCGCUACGGAUGCGUGUUUGCAUGUAUACAUAAGUUUGCAAUCUCCGGUUCGAUAUGAUUCUUAAGAUUGUUUUAUUUCUGCUUGUAAGCAGCGCUUCCGGAACGGAGACGAAUUUAUUAACGCAAACUGUUUAUGGUUUUUUGGAUUUUACUACCACAAUUGGUAAUACCGUUAUGGUAUUCUCACCACAAAGCGCUCCUCCUAUUGAUAUUGAAGCAAGCAAAAGUACAAUGCCUGAAAAUAUUAUUGAAACCAGACCUACUACAGCACCUAAAAAGGACUCAAAUAACAAUGGCAUCAAACCAACACCGCUCCUUGUGACAAGCUCUAAAGAACAGUCUAAAACUUUCUCGUCAAAAAAUGAGAUCCCAAAUAUUUCAAAUACUCCUGUAAAGUCAUUUGUUGAACCUCCUGAAUAUGCAUUACUGUCACGUCAACCAGAAGAGUUUGCUGAAGAAACUUACCGUGUGGUAAAUUUAAAAUCUCGUGCAGAUACCGAAAGACAAAGAAACUAUCAGUCAAAACGGGAUAGUAGCUAUCCAAGUGUAUCAAUAUCAAAGAAAAAAGAUGUGGCUAUCGUUAAACCUAGUAUUUUAGGUACGAAAGUAUAUGCACAAACUGUUCAAUCUACAGUUCUCCCUGAGAAAAGAAGCAAGAAUCGACAGCAUUCUUCAACACGAGUUUUAAAAACCAUAACUCCUUCUAAUAAGGCCAAUAAGGUCGUCAUCGAAACAGCACGUGUGGAACCGGAGAAUGGAUCCAAUAAAAAUUAUAACAAGAGUAAUCGGCACUCCAAUGACAAAAGAAAAUCUUCGAGAAACAAAGGAAAAAGAAGACACAAAAACACGCAGACACCUAGUUCACAAAUUUCACCUUCAGUACCAGAAACUAGCGUACGUCGAUCACUUCGAACUAAAGUUAGCCAACAAACUGAAGAAAAUGUUACAAAUAUUCCACCAAACGCUUUUAAGCUGAACAGACGUCCAGGACGCUGGCAGUAUAAAUCGUCACCAAAGCCAAAGAUAAAUAUCAGAAAGGCUUCAUCGAAUACGACUCGACCUGUGGUAACAACUGAGACAGAACAGAUCAAUGAAACUGUAUCGGACAUACAGGAAAAGAAUCAAAUCCAAAAAACACUUAAUUCUGGAAGGGAUUUGGAUGCAGUUGGAUCUCAAAAUAGUGAUUUUCCAGAUAAUGAGGAACAGAAGCUUAAAAACUUUGUACAAACUUUAAACGUUGAAAUAUCUACUCCGAGUGUUUUUGAUGAUACCUAUUAUGAGAUUGCUACAAUUAAAACCCCAUUUAUAUUUCAGGCUGGACUCGUUAAGAAAACCCGUUUCUUGACCGUUACUUCAACAAUUGAAAAAACCAUUAAGCAUGAUCAUACUGAUGAAUACUCUGUAAACGAUGGGCCAUUAACCGAAAAUAUUUUGGAGUCCUCGACGCAGAUUACUCAGCCAUCUAUAGACGACAGUAUUACAACCUUGAGGGCCGUUCAUUGUACCGAUUGUCUAGAAACACCAGAACUAGAAACUAUAACAGAAUCGUUCUCUAUUACUCAGACUAAACUUAAAACUCAGAUAUUGCCAAUCAUUUUGGAGAAAAGGAAUGAAACAAUUCAAAUAACCUUAGUGCAAACAUACGAUUAUACUAGCUUAAUAACUGUUACUCAAACAAUUUCACCCAUUGGAGAUCAUUUUAUACCAUCUAAAAACUUCAAGGAUUUUGAAGGUAUUUUAGAUGAGGCAGGCUCUGAGAUAAACUUGGAUCUUGAAUUCGGUGAUGAAGGUAAUUUCGGAAAAUCUGAAAAGAGUCCGUUUAAUUCUACCAGUGCCAAGCCUCUUGAACCGCUAACUAAUUUGAGCCAGAUUAGUAAGCCCGAAAUUCCUGUAAUCAAUAAUAGUGUUAUUACCUCUACGCGGCCUGUUAUAAAGCUUGAAACUAUGUGGGAAUCGUAUAUAGUACCACUUGUCAGAGGUACUGAAAGCAUAUUGAGAACAUUAUCUAAGUCCGUGGGUGUAGUUGAAAAAACUGAAUAUGUAACUGAUGUUUCAACAAUUAUUCCGGCAUCACAAUUUCCAGUAUCACAAUUCCCAUAUUCUUUAAAUCCAUUCUACAACCCUUUAUUGCCAAUACCACCACAGCAACUUGUUACAUCCACUGCAAUUUACGAAACCAUGAUUACAGCAACCAGUAGUAAAGUGUUAAAGUUAACUUUUGGUGCUAGAACUGCCUAUACCACGAUUUUUUCAACAUCUGUAGUCCCCAGUGCAGUAACAAAGCUGAUAACAGCAACACUUCCCGUUCAAAACUCUGUAUCUUUUCCCAACUAUUAUCCACCUCCAUACCCUCCAUUCGCAUAUGUUGGUUAAGCGAUGAUUUUUUAUAUUAUUAAUAAGUGGCUGUAUAUAUGUUUUUAAUACUCACUUUCGAAACGAUUUUUCCAACUAACAUUUCCAAUUUUUAUUGUAUAUA